UGCUGCUACUUCCCCGGUGACACGACACAGCCGGUUUUUAAGCUUGCUAUCCGACUCUUUUGGGGUUGGUUGUCAUUCAUAUGUUUGAACACAUCACCACUGGCAUCAGUUAAUGAUUUUCAGACUACUACGUAGGCUCGCUGAGAAAGUUCCAAAUACAGUGCAUCGAGUCGUUUCAUCCAUGAAGCCUCAAGUUGUAUUUGUGUUGGGCGGGCCUGGCGCGGGGAAAGGGACACAAUGCGCUAAAAUCGUGGAGAAUUACAGCUACACCCAUCUAUCUGCAGGAGACCUGCUCAGGGAGGAACGCAGCCGAACUGGUUCAGAGUUUGGUCAGCUUAUCGACAACUACAUCAAAGAGGGAAAAAUUGUGCCUGUUGAGAUCACCAUCAACUUGCUUAAAAAGGCCAUGGAAUCCACCAUGCAGGCAGAUGAACAGAAGUUCAGGUUCUUAAUCGAUGGAUUUCCUCGUAACCAAGACAACCUGCAGGGCUGGAACACGGUCAUGGAUGGCAAAGCUGAUGUCAAAUUCGUCCUCUUCUUUGACUGUAGCAAUGAGGUGUGUAUUGACCGCUGUCUAGAGAGGGGAAAGAGCAGUGGCCGUAGCGAUGACAACAGAGAGAGCAUGGAGAAGAGGAUCCAGACGUACUUGCAGUCCACACGCCCCAUCAUUGACCUGUUUGAGAAGCAGGGGAAAGUGCGCACCAUUGAUGCCUCUCGCGGUGUGGAUGAGGUGUUUGGGGAUGUGAAGAGCGUCUUCAAAAAGGAGGGCUGACAAGUGUCUCGCAUGUAGGCUGCCAAGGACUGUGUCCCAUCACAAUGACUCAACAUGUUAUUUUUAUCAGUGUCAGCAAAUACUCUGUUUUGUUCACAUGUCCACAUUUUUGUUGACUUUUUACUCAUGUAAUUAUAAAUAUAUUUUUGGUAGGUUAGUCUAGAGAAGUAGAAAACUGGUUUGUGUGUGUGUGUAUGUGAAUGUGAAUGUGUGAGAGGGUGCAUGUAUGUGAAUGGAAGGCACUCUAAAUCUAGGCAUAAGAUCCAUUCUGAGAAAGGCUGCAGAGCAGUGUUUUGAGUGAUACAAUAAGUUGUUCCUAUGCUUGUUCAUGAUACAUUUACAAUUACAUAGUGUCUGUGGAGGGCAGGAUACAACCCCUCCAUGUCAAAUUGGGAAGCUGUAUAGUGAUGAAUGUGCAUUUCAGGGAUGUCUCCUCGCCAGGCCUUGUGCAGUGUCUUACGAGUAAAAAUGGCCACAGUUUGAUUCCAACCAUGGAGCUUCCUUAAUUUACUGACUUUGACUCCAGGUUUACACUAAACCAACUGUUUUUGUGAAGGGUCCAGCUCUUCUUCUUUACAGCGAACACUACCCUUGAAGUAAAUUACUGAUUCAUGGAUAAUGUAGCUCUCAUUAACCCUCAUUGAUUUAUUGCCACUUUGACAUAAUUGACUGAAAUACAUUUCACAUUUCCGUUCCUUCGACUAUGGUGGCCUAUAGUUAGUCAGACCAGACGUUUUUUUUUAUUUUUUAUUAUUCACCCAGUGAUUCCAAUUGCCAAGUAAAUUUGGUUAAUCUGAAAGUCUUGUGGAAACCUGGAGAAAAGGGACUUAGGCUGCUUGUGAAAGGCUGUACCCAGUUCAAUACUUAAAACCUUAUCAUGAUGAUUUGGACUAAAAGUAGCAUUUUUCCUCUAACAGUAAACUGGUAUUCAGUUCAAAUACAUUUCUUUAUACUUAAUCACUGCUACUUUCAUGUUAUAAAGAUCAGGAGUCCUGUGUUAGACUGAGUAUGUUUCUGAGAACAAAAUGUUUAAUAUCUGUCAAUGUAAGAAAAUAAAACACCUGCUUAUUCGUAGGCUUAUUCUGACAAGAGUACAUCUCUCAGAGGAGAUAUCUGAUUGUGAGAAGACCACAGGGUCAGAGAAACAGCUUGUUAAGGAGCAACUAUAAACACCGGAUUAAAGCUAGCAUCACUGCCGGCAUUUUGUUAGAUGAAGUUGCAAUAAUAGUUCUUUGUUUAGCAAGGGCCAGUAAUCAUGCUUUUUUCCCCUACCCUUCCAACAUCAGUUUGCUGUAUGCCAAGUCUUGAAAGUCAGUGACAGGUGCACAAAUGGCUUUUUCCAAAUGUAUUUGUUUGUGCUGUAACAACACCUGUUGUUGACAAUUAGUAAAGAAAAAGGACCAUU